AUGACCAAACCACGAAGGGGUGUCGGCCGGCCGAAAAAAUUGGCGGUGGUGCUCCAACGCACGGCAGAAAGAACCAUUGUGACUCAGGCAACUGUAGAGCUGACUACCACGAGCUCGGAGACUCCUUUGAAAGCACCAGAGACUAAUGAAGAGCCCCCUCCAAAGAAAGAUGAACCACCUUCAAUGGAGGCGAAUCCAACGACGAACCCCAAGCCUUGGGUGGAGAUCAUUCAAGGCAAUCGAGACGUGUCUAGGGGAAUGGCUGUGGAUUUCAUAGCACCUAACAUUGCCAGUGGAGAAAUUGAAAUUGCAAUAGAGGAAGAUGAUGUUGCUCGGGAAAUUGAAUACUGGGAGAACACAAUAAUCCUCUUUGCGCUGGGAGAAAUACUUUCGAUGCACGCAGUGAAGAAGUUUAUGGAGAAGACUUGGAACUUUGUUGGCCUACCUGAGCUUUACUAUAACGAUGCUGGCUAUUUCAUUGUUCGAUUUAAGAAUUAUGAAGAUAUGGAGAAAGUCAUGGCGCAGGGACCUUACUUUAUCUACGGUAAGCCUCUCUUCCUUAAACACUGGUCUGAUAACUUUGAGAUUAAAGAGGACUUACUUCGCAUUCUACCAUUAUGGAUUACUCUGCCCAAUCUACCAUUGUAUCUUUGGGGGAAACGUAGUAUCUCUAAAAUUACUAGUGCGAUAGGCAAACCAAUUACCACUGAUGAAUGCACCGCUAAGAAGUUGCGUAUUUCUUAUGCUAGGGUGUUAGUUGAAGUCGAUAUCACACAGAAACUUAGAGAUUCAAUAGCCAUUAAGGAUCACACUGGUAAGAUGAUUGAACAGAAGAUUGAUUAUGAAUGGAAACCUAGUUAUUGUCACUCCUGCCUCAAGAUAGGGCAUGACUGUGCAGCACAGAAAAUUGUUAAGCAGAAAAAAGUGUGGCAGCCCAAACCACCUGUGCAGGAAAAGAAGGAGGAAGAUGUGCCAAUCCCUAAUGUCCCUGAAAAAGAAACUACCCCUACAGAGAAUACUGACUGGAAAAUAGUGACUUCCAAGUGUGAUAGAGGAAAGAGACUAAUGAAUAGCACUCCUAAACAGCCACAGAUAUGGGAAUUUCAGAAUCCCUUUACUCCCUUAAGGACUGGAGAAAAUCCUGCAGGGGAGCAUAGUGGAGGAUGUUAG